UCGAACUAAGCCAUUUUGGAGACAGUGUCAGUUUCUACUGAACCAUCAUACACGGCAUAUUUUAAACCGCUGGUCCUGUACAGGAUUACAAGAAUUCGAUCGGGGAAGAGAAACAUCAGCACUGGGACUCCAAUCAGUCCACCAUCGUUAAUACCGGAGAAUUACGCGUAAACGGCAAUUGCGUAACUACAAUGAAGUCGACGCUGGUGCGUUAGCGCUCUGACAGCGUCUGCAGCUCGAUCCAAAAUGGCCGCGUGGGUUGCAUUCAUUUUUUGCUGAUCGACUUCCAAGUUUCAUUGUAUGUAAAAUAGCUUGGAUAUUGGCUCUGAUAGACCUGAUCUUGUUUGUCCAUGAUGCACAGAACUACAAGAAUUAAGAUAACAGAACUCAACCCACACUUGAUGUGCGUUUUGUGUGGGGGUUACUUCAUAGAUGCCACAACCAUCGUUGAAUGUUUGCAUUCCUUCUGUAAAAUGUGCAUUGUGAGGUACCUGGAGACAAGCAAGUAUUGCCCUAUUUGUGAUGUCCAAGUCCACAAAACCAAACCAUUGCUGAAUAUAAGGUCUGACAAAACUCUUCAAGACAUCGUAUACAAGUUGGUCCCUGGGCUGUUCAAAAAUGAAAUGAAACGGAGGAGAGAUUUCUAUGCGGACCAUCCAUCAGUAGAUGUUGCAAAUGGCUCAAACGAAGACAGAGGAGAAGUAGCUGACGAGGACAAGAGAAUAAUUACAGAUGAUGAGAUAAUCAGCCUGUCCAUAGAGUUCUUUGACCAAAACAGACAAGAGAGAUCUGGGCAUUUAAAAAGUAGCAGUAAAGAGUUUGUGAAGCGGUACUUGCAGUGUCCAGCUGCAAUGACUGUCAUGCAUUUAAGAAAAUUUCUGCGAAGUAAAAUGGACAUACCAUGCACCUUUCAGGUUGAUGUUAUGUACGAAGAUGAACCACUGAAAGAUUAUUACACAUUAAUGGACAUAGCAUAUAUCUACACGUGGAGAAGGAACGGCCCCAUGGCCCUGAAGUACAGGGUGCGGCCCAGCUGUAAGAAGAUGAAGCUCAGCAGUCCCCGAGAUGAGCGGCCCAGUGGCGGCACGGACAGCAGGCCUGACGUGGAGAGCGACUCCGGCAGCGAUAAGCCCAGCAGCCCCCCUGUGAGAGAUCCCCCCUCCACCACCACCUCCACCCCCACCACCGCCAUCGCCUCCGCCUCCCCAUUGCCCAGCCCCAGUGCCCAGCCAUCCCAUGUCGGCGUUUCAUUCGGUUCCACAGUUAAUGGCCUACCAUCCUCUGCCAGUGCCUCCUCCAUCACCACCACCACCUCCACCUCCACUACUACUACCAGUAUUGCAGCCCCAACGAACAGACUGCUACCCCUGAACAGCAAAGCCUGUAAACCCUCGACUGUGAAUGGCUCCCCUCCUCUCUGGGAUGACGUGACCAAAGCCUGACCCCCUGCCCUGACCCUGGCCCACCAACACAGCUGUUCUUUUUUGUGGAAAGUCUCUUUCUUUUUUAUAUAUAUUAAAAAAAAACAUAAUGUUUUGACAUGCUCACAUUAAAUGUUGUGUGUCAGUGUAGGCUAUUAAUGAAAACGGCAUGAUUUAAGCUUACAUGUUUUCAAGUGUUUUUCUGUUUUCUGUCAUUUUGCACCAAGGGAAAUUGUAAGGCUUUCUAGGACAAAUUAUUUUAGUUGAGUAAGCUUUGAAGGAGAUUUCAUUCAUUUUUUAUUUUUAACAUGGACUUUGGCAUAUAGAAGUCUACUCAUUCUGUCUUUAUGAACUGCAUAACAUUUAUAUGUUGCCUAUUUUUAAUCAAUGAAUGAUCCCAUGUUUGCCCUCACAGUUAUUAGGUUUGUUCUAUAGCCUUAAUACUAAGCAUUUAGAACAGUAUUAUGUGCUCAUGUAUUUUGACUUUCUUCUUAGAAAGUGCUCUCAGUGUUUUCCCGUCUUUCUUUAAAGAGCUCAGAUUAUUUCUGUCAACUAUUGCCAGUGGAACAUGAAACUGAGCCGAGGACAAGAACAGUUCAGUGAAGGGGUCAUAUCGUUUUCAGAAAAGAUGAAUGUGUAAACAUAUGGAUUAUUUCAGUGUCUAGUGUUUGCUGUCACUCAAAAUACAUGUACCAUUUGUUGAAUUUAUUAUACCAUUUCCUGUUGUCGCAUAGAGGGGAUGAAAUUGUAUAAAAUAAACCUUUUACAUUUUAUUAUGAAAACCUA